AUGGAUAAGAUGCUUGAACAGAUCGAAAAGAAGUCGUGGGCGGAUAAAUUCACUUCAGAGCUCAACAGACAGCCACAAAGCUGCUGUAAAAAUAUGUAUGAAGUAUUCCUUCCGGAUCAACUGUUCCAGGCCAGAAACCGAGCAGAAGUAGAUGACGAUGAAGGGGAAGCCGGAGAAGGGGAGGGCAUAAGCAAACGCAAAGUAGCACCAGGAGCAGAAGCAGGACUCGGCGCUAUCCUUAGCAUGCCUGCAACAGCAGCAGCUGUUCAUCAGAUCAGUCCACUACAUAUACAUUUUAUCUAUUCACAUUUUAUCUUGAAAUAA